AGCCCAACCCGCGGGUCUCAACCUCCACCUAACUCCACCUUAUCGGUUCGAUGCCCCGGCCCUGUCCUCCACCCGUGACCCGCCUCCUCUGCCCCGGCCGCCGCCGCUCGCCCGCCCACCCGCGCCUCCUCCUCGCUGCCGAGGCCGCCGCUGUCUGCUCACCCCUGCCUCCUCAUGUCCUCCACCAGCCUCCUCCUCUGCCCCGACCGCCGCCGCCCGCCCACCCGCGCCGCCUCCUCCACUGCCCAGGCCGCCGCCUCCUGCUCGCCCCUUCCGUCAUGCCGUCGCCGUCGAGAUCAGGGGGACUGCUCACGGAGUGGCAGUGGUACUGGAUUUGUGACCUGCUAGUGCUGCUAUCAGAUCAAGAACAAGCCAUACCUAUAGUCAAGCUAGCACUGAUCUCAGGCAUGCCUAGAUGUCUACUAACCAGAGGCUAGAUUACACUAACCAAAGGCUUCUUGAGGGACUCAUCAACUAGCUUUGUAUUUAUGUCUACCAUCGUUAGAGUGUAUAAUAUUUUAGCUGGCUUUUAAAUUUGUAAUGCACAAAACAGUGUCCUUUUAUAUCUCUUGCAUAGCCGAAUGGCUUUUGUAUCGGCUCAAACUUGGUACCUUUUCAUAGAUUGAUUUGUCUAAAUUUCUAGAAAAUGUCAUGUACUUUGUGAUAGCCUGAUGACUUGGUGAUAAAAUUUUCUUGUUUA